GUUUUGUAUUAAAGUAAAGAACAUGCUUGAUUAUAAGCUGUAGAAGUCUCUACAUUUUUGUUUCCAUUGACUAUAUAAGCUGAAAACAACUAAAAGUCUAACAUUUGAAGUCUAUUUCGUACUCGAACGAAAAAGCGUUCUUCAAUCUUAUGGAAGUCAACGACGGCGAAAGAAAGGUGGAGAUGGGAUUGGGACUCUGCCCUGACUGGUCAGAGUUGACUCGGGAAUGUCUUCUUGACAUCUUCUCACGGCUAAGCCAGGAACAAAGAUGGGUCGGACCUAUGCUGGUCAGCAAGAACUGGAUGAACACAUGCUAUGACGCGUCACUCAACACCAUCUUUGAUCUGGAAACUCGGUUUCUGUCGUUCCCCGAGUCGAUCAACUGGUGGACUCCCGAGUUUGAGGAUAAAGUCGAUUCCUUUCUCCGAUCUGUUGUUGAUCGGAGCGAAGGCGGUCUCACAGAGAUUCGGAUCAGGCAUUGUACCGAACGCUCUCUAUCUUACGCGGCCGAGAGGUGCCCUAAUCUAGAGGUACUUUGGAUUAAGAGCUGCCCAAAUGUUACAGAUGCAUCAAUGGAGAAGAUAGCUAUGAACUGUCCAAAUCUUAGAGAACUUGAUAUAAGCUACUCUUAUGGCAUAACUCACGAGUCUCUGAAAAUGUUGGGGAGGAAUUGCCAAAAUUUAAAGAUUCUGAAACGGAAUUUGUUGCCCCGGCUAGGUCCUAACCUACCUACGAUUGUCGUGCCAUUAGACUAUCUGGCUACAUUUCCUAGAUACGGCAAUAUAGAGGCUAAGAUAAUUGGGAGAUACAUGCCAGAGCUCAAGCACUUGGAGUUUCGAUACUCCACUUUGACUGCUAGAGGUCUUGACUCGGUUUGUAAGGGAUGUUCGAAUCUAGAGUACCUGGACUUAUGUGGAUGUAUAUCAUUGACCAGAAGUGAUAUAACCACAUAUACCUCGAGUUUGAAGAAUUUGACGGAGAUCAUUAAGCCGGAUUUCAAUCCUCCGAUUGCUAUUUUACGUGUUCCAAGACCGGGUAAUCCAAGAGAGGAAUGAUUGUUGGACGCACGUUUUGAUCAACUUGUUGACCGGUUUUUAUGCUCUGCUUCCUCUACUACAUAAUUACUUUGUUUUUACUGUAUCUACUAGUAUCUAAUAUCUAUGUUUGAAUUCUCAAAACAGUGUGAAACCCUUUUUCUUUGUGACUUUGUCUUGUCACUAAAACUUUUGUACGUGUGAAUUCCAUUAAAAUACCAUUAAUACACAUAUCGAGUAAAAUGGUUUACGUAUAUGUUUCCCUUUUAUAGCUUGCUUGUCAUCUAAGCAACACAAGCAUCGGACUAAUGAAAGUCUUAUUGGUACGACAAUGUUUUAACCCAGUCCGGUCCCGGAUAUGAUUGAAGACAGGCCUUUAUAGGUCCACUUAGUCACGUGAUCCAUUAACCAUACAUAACAUACGGUAGGGGCGAGUCAGAGUAAUAAUAUCCAACAAUGAUGAUAUGAAAUAUCUAAAGAGUGGGGGCAAGGUAAGGUAAUUUUACGAGAUGUCGGCAUGUAACCUGAAGCCGUGCGAU